UCUCUUCGCUCAGCCAAUAGUUGCAAAAUGUACUCAAGGCUCAGGCUCGUCUCCGCGUGCGAACACCAUGUGCAGAGGAGAACGCGUCUGUGUUUGUGUGUCAACGUGUUGUCUCCUCUAGCCUCAUGCUCACGUUUCCCGCGGAUUAUUAGUGAAGCGGAAAAGUGUGCCCUUUCGCUUUGAUCAUUUCCCCCCAGAUGAAUCUCCCCAAAGUAGCUAUCUGGCAAACACAUAGACACGAAACAGAAUCCGCAAUUCACGCGGCGUUUGUUAAUGAUACGUCUUAUGCUUUUAUUAAACGUUCCACUUACCAUCCUUUAAAGUGGCUACACGUUUAUGCUGUUUUGGGGUGCUGUCACUGGCGUCAUUGAGAAAGCUGGGAGUGAAUAUAGUGUAAUUACCGACCAAUUUGUUUUUAAUCAUUGCUGCUCACCCCAGGGGAGCGUGCCUGUCACUUGGAGGUGUGUCUAAUUAAUAUUAAACAGUAAGGCGCCGCUGUGCCGACCUCUCGCCUCUGCUCUUGGAGGCGUCACGUCACGUGAGUGGCCCGUGUUCGUUCCAGCUGAGCGAAAAGCUCGGACGGUUUUGAGCUCAAAGCGUGCAGUAACACAUACAGAGAGAACUGAACAGAAGGGGGAAACGAUUGAGCGGCUGAAUGGGGGAAAAAAAGGGGGAAAACAACGACAACAUUCAACCAGUCGCACUACGCAGCAGAAAUUGACUCCGCAACACUUUCCUCGUUUUGUUUUCAGUUGUUAUUUUUUAGACGUUUGAGAAAUUUCUUGCUCCGUUAUUUCUUUAGUAUCGUUGGCAUUAUUGGAAUUUUGUAUUCUCCCAGAUCUUUUCUACUGGUGUUGUUGUAUCUGGUUAAUUUGUUGCUUUUGUUUCAUGGUGAACUUGGAUAUAACGUCGCCACAUCAGUCUGAUUAUUGAAAGUAAACAGAAGAUAAGCUGUCAGCAAUUUCUGGCAAUACUGGGAAUGUACAUUUUUGUCCACACGGCGAGUCUACAAUCAAAUGUAUUCAGAAGUGCACUCUUUAUUUAAAAUCUUAUUUUCAAAUAAAGUAUUGAAUCACUCAAUCAUCUAGCGGUCAAGGGAGUGCAGUUCGGACGUUGGAUGAUGGCCAGGCCGAUUUCACAGCUCCUACCCCCGGACCUUCCCUCUGCUGGGGCGAGCCCGCAGUUUGGUAACAGUAUCCAGGCAGGAGGCUCACUUGGCGGUGGACACGUAAACUCCGCAGCAAACUUAAAGUCGCUCCUGCAGCUCCCCGUGAAGGGUGACCAGCGCAUCAAAGAUUGUUGUGAAAUGAAAGGUAAGGACAGGCUGGAUAUUGACGAGGACUCUCUUGGUCGCUGUCCUGUGCGCAAUGGCUGCAGCAAUGGAUUAGUUGCUGACAGCAAUGGGGCAGGCACAGGCAGUUUCUCUAACAACAACAACAAUUCCUUCCUGGGCCCGUUGCUAUGGGAACGAACAUUGCCAUGUGACGGUGGGCUGUUCCAGUUGCAGUACAUGGAUCUUGAAGAGUUUCUAACGGAGAACGGGAUGAGCAGCAUGCACAAUACCUCCAACUCCACCUCUGCUCAAAUACCUUCUCAGAGCCCUCAGUCAGCCAUCCCUAACCAGGGCUCCCAGUGCCUCCCCACCUCCCCCCCACACUGCUCCUCUUCCUCCUCACCAACAUCAGCCACUGCGUCUUCCUCGCCCUCUCUGCUCAGGCUGGACAUGCACACACCACAAAGCGUGCUUGGAACUUCAGAUUGCUUGCACAGCACACCGCCAGGCAGCUUGGAGCCAACGCCCUCACCUUCCUCCACUACCUGUCCACCACUCCCUACUCCACCCAUCACCAAUUGCAGUGACAUGCGUGCACCCUUUGACCCUGAUCCUGCAGACGUUGCACUGUCGAGUGUGCCGGGACAGGAGGCGUUUGACCCCCGUAGGCAUCGUUUUAGUGAGGACGAGCUAAAACCUCAGCCUAUGAUUAAAAAGGCUCGUAAGAUGCUUGUCCCUGAAGACUUGAAGGAUGAGAAGUACUGGAAUCGACGUUGUAAGAACAAUGAAGCCGCAAAGCGGUCUCGUGAUGCUCGACGUCUAAAGGAGAACCAGAUCUCAGUGCGCGCCGCCUUCCUUGAGCGUGAGAACGCUGCACUGAGACAGGAAGUUGCCGACAUGCGCAAAGAGCUUGGCCGGUGCCGUAACAUCCUGAACAAAUACGAGGGUCACCACUUGGAUCAGUAAGAAGGAAGGGAGGAGGUGAUGAAGAUGAUGGAUUAAGAAAACAAUGAAUGUUUCCAUGCUAAAAAACUGAGAAAACAGACAAGUGCAUCAAAUAUAUGGAAUAAUGUAUGAAGAUGACACGAGCUGAGGAGUGAGAAAACUGGAGUGAGAGAGCUCCUCUCUUUAAUUUUUUCAGUAAGGUACAAUGGCAAGAUUUUAAUUAUGGAGAUAAUUAUAUAUUUUUAUAUGAUAGAAAUGUGCUUAAUGGGGAAAGGAAAAUGUUGAAAUUAGUUUUUGUAUAUUUUCUAUAUCUCUGGGAGGACUGUUAAGUAGACAGUGAUUGAGUGAACUGGUAGAGGUAUCACUGUAAUAUAAAAUCGUUUUAAUGUGCUAUUUUUGAAGCAAUCGACACUUAGUUGUUAAACAAUUUGGUCUUGUGAAGGAAAGCAAAAAUUUAUAAGACCAGACAUUCACAGAACUUUUAAAAGUAGAGAAUUAACAUUUAGAAAAAAUGACUUUCUAGAGAGCUUAAUCUGUAAAAUAAUGAGAGAAAAUGUUAAAUUUGUAUAGAAAUAUUGUUAAAAUAGAUUUAUUCAAGCACUUACAUUGUGAUAAACCCAUGCAUAAUGAUUUGGCAGAGUUGACAAAGUACAAUCAUGGACAAGCAGAAAUGGAGAAUGACCGGUGCAUCUCAACUCAAAACAUUUCUCAUCAGUCUGCUGCUGAUACUUCUUUGUCAUUCUCAAAGGAAAACUGAACAUGCAUUGAGAAAAUGAGAGACUUCUGAAAGACAUGCAUUAAUUAUCACACAUUUAACUAAAUUUUUCUUUUGGGUUUAUUUUCUUUAAUGGUGAACUCAAUAAGAUUCUUUCUCCUUUAACUUGGUAUCUCCUGUCUACAAUGUACUCAUCUGUAUUUAUAGAAGUCUGACUUACAAACAAAUAGCAGCAAGCAUUUUAGUGGCUGCAUACGUGAACGUGCAGAGGCUGUUCUUGCUGUGCAAAAACACAACUUUGACCUCUAUGGAUUGAAAAUAUGGGACAUGGCUCUCAUCUGAUUGUAUGGAAUGAUUCCUUGUAUCCAAUGCACAAAGUUGCAUUUUGAAACAGGUCUAUAUGUAGAUGUUUUGGUAUGUCGCUGGUUUUGCACCUGUAUAUGCAAACACAAUUAAGCCAAUGAACAGUCACACUUGUUUUUGGGACAAUGUUGAAUUUUUUCAAAUUGAUGACCAGUAUCAGUCAAUGUUUGACAUUUUGUGACAAAUUCAAUUGUUGUGUUUUGUAGCUCCUUUUUAUUUCUCAAGUCUUGUCUGUUUCUUUCCUUAAUAACCAUUAAAGUAAUUUCACUUUUUAUGAAUUAUUAUUGUUCUGAUCAUUAUUGCUAUUGCUGUUAAUACUACAAUUGAAUUAUUUUUGUUGUUUUAUUUUCCUUGAUAUGGUCUACUUUAUUAUGCUCCUCCACACAGGGUAUCCAAGUCUCUUUUCAAAUGUGGAGAUUUUGUCACUUCCUGUUGGUUCUAGCAUUCAUCGUCAACACUAGCUGUAGAAGAAGUGUCACCAAGACAGCCAGGUCAAUUUGUGUAUCUGAGAAACACUUGAAAAAACUGUUGCGCUUGGCGAUGAUAAACUCUACUUUCCCCUGUAUAAAUGGAAUUUUUCUCUUUAUUUCUGUACACAAAGCAUAGAGACCCAUCAUACCUUUUGCUCUGUCUUGUUUUUCUCCUUUUUGUGCAUGUAGGUGUUUGAUCAAACUACCGCCUUUUUGCUCAGUAAUUUGCUGCCUGUUUUCUCAUCAGUGACAAUAUUUCACAGAUGGACUUUGGGUAAUGUUGUCCUUUUCUGCACUUUCACAUGUGGAUGAUUAUAAACAGCUUGUGUUGUGAGUCCUGUUUUUGAUGUACAAAUGCCCUAAUGCAUCAGUGUUAACCACACUGCACCUAGCCAAAGUAAUGCAGGGGAAUGUAGUCUUUUCUCCAAGACCACAAAUAAACAAUUGUUCUUACUCACUAAACACUAAGGAUGAUUAAUUUGUUCGUCAU